AUGGUUAAAGUUUUGGAUGGCGUGGAUAGGAUUAGAAAGGAAGAUUUUUGGGAAGAAGAGAAAGAUGGAAAAUAUGGGGGGGGCCAGAAACUGGAGGAAGACAAGCAGGAGCAAUGGAUCCCUGCCUGUGUGCCUGGUACCUACUGCUCGGGGUACGAGCGCGCUAAAGGGCCCGGUCCCCACAGCGAAAUGCGGAUUAUUGUCUGUCCCCAGACAUCUCAGCAAGCCCUUGCGACAAUACAACGGUACAACGGUACGAGCGAAGAGGCCGCGAUUAAGUGGGAAGUGGGAAGUGGAACUGGGCGUCUUAGCACAGCCAUUUCAAUCGAGUACUUGCGUCUGUACCUCCGAGAUUCCUUUGGGGACGGACAUCCACAAAAAACUACCGCCAUCAAAAAAUCGCCACCGUUAAAUGCCUCCUCCUUCUUUCGACGAACUCAGCGCGCGCCCACACAGUGCCGCCUUGCGGGCCCGGCUAAGGCACGUCUACACUACAACAAGUACAUUAGCACGAGUACAAGUCAGAAUGAUCCAUGGAUCUCCUGCUAG